AUGAAACGGCACAAACUCUGCCACAAUUGUGGAGGAGAAGAUCAUGGAGUAGCUCAGUGCAGGAAAGGAUCGUGUAAAAUCUGUAGCGAGUUUGCACACCACACAUCCAUCUGCAAGAAACAGUCGUCCAAAGACACGACUCUGGAGCCUCCUCCAACGCGGAACAAACCAUCUGGAACGAAUUCCUCUCACCAGAGGUCACUACCUACGAAAGUGCACACCGUUUCAUCUAUCGAGCAGACGGUGCAAGCGAAGCCGUCUGAUGUCGUCCUCCACAUGCGAGAUAGAUCCAGCAGCAGCGACACUCUAGUUCUAGUCGGUCAAGCGAAAGUUCUCAACCCGAGAACUCAAACUCUCGAGGCGAUCCACGUCCUGCUAGACACAGGCGCUGACCGCUCAUUCAUCACAAGCUCCCUUGCUGAUCGUCUUCAACUACAGGAAGUUGACUCCAAGCCUCUGACGAUCACGACAUUUGGCUCCACGACGCCAAUACAAAGGAAUUGCGGAAUAACCAACAUCCGACUCUGGGAUAGGAACGGACAUCCGCACUGCUAUUCAGUAGCGAAGAUCGAAAAAUUGACGGAACCCAUGCAACGAAGCCAGCUUAGCGCGGACGACAAAAGGUUCCUCAUCGAAAAUGAAAUACAACUCUCAUUGAGCCAUGCCCAUGUCCACCCACAGAUUCUACUGGGAUGCAGUGACGUCUUCACGCUACUGGAUAACGAACAGGGAGCUCAUCUGACAUUACCGUCCGGACUACGAAUCCUACCCUCUAAGUUAGGUCAUUUAGUAGUGGGACGCGCAAUUACUCCAGCUGGUACAACAGUUGUGCCAGAGCACCUUAGCACCCGUCAAUCAUCCCGUCAUCAAUCCCUCUCAAGUGAAGAACUCGACCACCAGACGGAUUAUGACCGGCAACAUGAAGCUGACGACACGCCAUCUCGAGAAACAAGCUCGGAUAUUCUGACAGCAUCCUGGGAAGAGUUCUGCGCAUUUGAGUCAUCGGGGGUGCAUGAGUUUUCAGGACCAGCCGCAGAAGAGCGCAAACGAAAGAUGAUAGAGAACGUCAGCCCAGAUCUACGAUCUAGAGUGGAAAAACGGAUACCAGAAUUACAAUCCACAUCAUCACAGGAAUACAUCACAGCGACUGAGCGACAAGGAGCAUUGAAAGUUCUCGUACGGAAUCAUCAGGCGUUCAUCGUUCAGCUCAAAGACGCAACACCUGUGAAAAGCAGCUGA